CAAACAUCUAUAAACUGUCAAGAUAAAGAUGUAUAGUUAAAGAGUUUUCAAAUGGGUUUAGGUAGCUGUUAUUAGAAACUGAACAGCAUCUCAGUUGUGAAGAUAAACUAUUAGAAGAUCCUGAAGAGCAAAAAUCAACAUGUACCCUUCCAGACCUCAGUGGAUUUAACCUUGGAAACUUCUCAGAAGAACAAAAUCAGAAUGCCUCUCCAGAAUGUAAAAGUAGCUGAUGAAGGAACUGUGAACUUUCAGAAAGUGAAAGAAGAAUGCAUAACUGCAGUGGAAUCCCUCCACAAGGUGGUAGCUUGCUAUAGGCACUUGGUCCUUACAAUUGGAGGUUCAUCUGAUAGCAUUCACCUUCGUGAUGAGUUGAGGAGAACUCGGGAACGGGCCCAAGAAUUGGCAGUAUGUAACAGAAACAAGUUGACUACAGCCCUUCGAGACAAAAAGCUCUCAAAAAAAGAUUGCGAGGAGCUAGAACGCUUGUGGGUUGAGUUCUCCAGCUGCCUUGAGCUUUUCCACAAUGACAUGUGCAAGGUGUAUGAGUUGGCAACGGCCCUUCCUCAUUCAUCAACAAAUCAGCCUGCUAUUCAGACCGGCUCUACAGGAAACACUUCAGCUAUAGCCUCCAGGGCACUGAAUGUCCAGAACAUCAAUUACAGUGACUCGCCAGCAAACAAGGCAAGUCUGGAGUACCAAGAAAUUGAGGAGGAAAUUCUGAAAGUGGAUAAUAUGAUCACUGACAUGGAGAUGAAAGUUAAUGUUUUAAGAUGGACUGUAGAAGCUAACACACGCAUGAAUGAUGAGCUUAAAAGCACCCAUGAUUCAUCAUCAGUGGUUUUGCUUUCAGAAGAAGAAAGCAAUAGUAAGGGCUGUUGCAGUGACGGACAGUUAAUUGUGUCCUUGCUUUUAUGUGGAACAGCCCUUGUAGCUAUUACACUCUAUUCUAUUCUGUAAAGCAGAUUUUGAUUUUUAUGAAGCAAUUCGAUUUCUAUCACACAAAUAAUAAAAACUGGUCCAUGGAAAUGUUUACUAACAAAAAACAUCAGAAUAUGUGGGAAGCCAUAAAUAACAGUCAAACAAUAGAUCAACGUUGGAUAGUCUAUUUGGAUAUAGUAGGUGUGUUAAAGUGCCAUCAGCACAGCUUUAGGGCACUCAGGAACCACUCACACAGAUGGCAUACCAACACAUCAAUGUACCAUACUUGUCAUUUAUAGUGGCACCGGGAUCUGUAGUUGUGUUAGUGACACCUGGAUAAGUAGUUGAGUUAGUUGGCUUUGCAUAACUAAAUCAGUCAGAAUGUGUAAUCAUCUUUAGGAAGCACGAUAAUAAUGGCUGACAUAAUGUCUGAUUAUAAUGUUUGACAUUUAAAUACAUCUUUACACUGAUCACAACAAAUAACCUCUGUGACACAGGAAUUUGUAAGUUUGAAACAUAGCAUGAACAUGGAAUUUUUCCACUAAUGUGGUUUAAACAAAAAUAAAGAAUAUUAGUAAUUGGAACUGCACAGGUGAUCAGCAGGUGGGUCUUCUGCGUUCAGCUUUAGCCUCUGAAUAUGUUCUAGAGGACACAUAGGGAACAGUAGUGGAAUACUGGGGAUGCGGGGGGGUGCACCCUUGGGAGCCUCUGGACGCUCACGCAAGUGCGCGUUGAAAACUGACGCCUGCUCUGCAAUACUGUAAUAGUUCCAUUACUGAAAAGGAAGGCUUUGUCCCCUGCCUCAUUGUAUGCACAUAUAUGAUGGAGAGCUCAGAAAUGUUUGUUUGCAAUGAUGUAAUACACUUCAUCCGCCACCCUUGUUUAAAAGUCAAUAAACAUAUUCUUUGUAAAAUA